AUGGAGAAGGCAACAGUGACCAUCGUGGGCGCCGGCCCCUCCGGCAUGGCGACGGCGGCGUACCUCCACAGCCUCUCCAUCCCAUACAUCCUUCUCGAGAGAGAAGACUGCUACGCCUCUCUAUGGCAAAAACACACCUACGACCGCGUCCACCUGCAUCUCCCGAAGCAACUAUGCACCCUCCCCCUCAUGCCCAUGCCCUCCCACUACCCCACCUACGUCCCUCGCCGCCUCUUCCUCGACUACCUUAACGACUACGUCACCCGCUUCCACAUCCGCCCCGUCUACCGUAGGUCAGUCGAGGCAGCCGCGUACGACGAUGGGGAGUGGAAGAUCGAGGCCAAAAACCUCGAUUCCGGAAAAGUGGAGGAGUAUCGCUCCAGGUUUCUGGUCGUGGCCACCGGAAUAUCGACCGAUCCGAGCAUUCCUGAGAUGGAGGGGCUGGGGAGCUUCACUGGGGAGGUUCUGCAUUCCACCGAAUAUAAGAACGGCGGCAGGUUCGGAGGGAAAAAGGUGUUGGUCGUCGGAAGUGGGAAUUCCGGUAUGGAGAUCGCGGUUGAUCUUGCUGACGGUGGCGCAACAACCUCCAUUGUCGUCCGGAGCCCGGUUCACGUAGUGUCAAGGAGAAUAUCUGCUAUGGCAAUUGCUCUGAUAACGUAUACAUCAGUGAAAUGGGCUGACAUAUUUGCAACGAUGAUGAGCAGGAUUGUGUUUGGAGACUUAUCCAAAUAUGGAAUUCAGAGGCCUAAAAAGGGGCCCUAUGCUCUCAAGGAUGAAAUUGGGAAAUACCCUGUUAUUGAUGCUGGUGUUGUGGAUAAGAUUAAAUCUGGGGAGAUUAAGGUGUUGCCUGCGAUUAGUGGUAUAAAGGGGAAGUGUGUGAUAUUUGAGAAUGAAGAGGAAUGUUCAUACGAUGUGCUCAUCUUUUGCACAGGCUUCAACAGAUCAACCAAGUGGCUACAGGAAGAUUAUUUAUUGAAUGAGGAUGGACUUGCAAAGAUCGCUUAUCCAAACAACUGGAAGGGUACAAAUGGGCUUUAUUGUGCUGGGCUGGCCCGUAUGGGAUUAUAUGGAGCUGCUAUUGAUGCCCAAAAGAUAGCCCACCACAUCAAAUCCCAGAUUUGA